CAUCAUUACCAGCUGAUAUUUUCUUUCCUCAGGACCAGCUGUUCAGGAACAUCCCGGACUAGAGCCAGGCACAUUUGAGACUUGGAUCUCACUAAAGACUGCCGCAGAUUCUUCUGCAGCAAUGUCGGUGUUAGAAGAAAGCCGACCGUUUGCUCAACAGUUAUCCAAUGUUUACUUCACAAUACUUUCACUUUUCUGUUUUAAGCUUUUUGUGAAAAUCAGCCUUGCCAUCCUUAGUCAUUUCUACAUCGUGAAAGGCAACCGCAAGGAAGCGGCAAGAAUUGCAGCUGAAUUUUAUGGAGUAACCCAAGGACAAGGUUCCUGGGCAGACCGAUCACCACUACAUGAAGCAGCAAGUCAAGGUCGUCUUCUUGCUCUGAGAACAUUAUUAUCACAGGGUUAUAAUGUAAAUGCAGUAACCAUAGACCAUGUCACCCCAUUGCACGAAGCCUGCCUAGGAGAUCACGUGGCAUGUGCCAGAACUCUGCUGGAGGCUGGAGCUAAUGUAAAUGCAAUCACAAUAGAUGGAGUGACUCCAUUAUUCAAUGCAUGCUCACAAGGCAGUGCAAGCUGUACGGAACUUCUCUUGGAAUAUGGUGCCAAAGCCCAGCUGGAGUCGUGCCUUCCGUCUCCCAUACAUGAGGCCGCCAGUAAAGGACACCAUGAAUGUCUUGACCUAUUGAUAUCCUGGGGCGUAGAUGUUGACCAAGAUAUUCCUCAUCUGGGAACGCCUCUCUAUGUAGCUUGUAUGUCACAGCAAUUCCAUUGCAUCUGGAAGCUUCUUUAUGCUGGUGCUGAUGUACAGAAAGGCAAGUAUUGGGAUACUCCAUUACAUGCUGCUGCUCAACAGUCCAGUGUGGAAAUCAUAAACUUACUGCUAGAAUUUGGAGCAGAUAUCAACGCCAAAAAUACAGAGCUUCUGCGACCUAUAGAUGUAGCUAAGUCAAGCAGUGUGGUGGAAAGAAUACUACUUCAACAUGAAGCUACUCCAAGCUCUCUUUGCCAACUUUGCCGACUCUGCAUCCGAAAUUACAUAGGAAGACCAAGAUUACACCUAAUCCCUCAGCUGCAGCUGCCAACAUUACUGCAGAAUUUCUUACAAUAUCGAUAAAAGUAAAAUAAUUCUAAAUACUUUGAAAAUCAAAAAUCUGUUUCAUUGGCAUAAUGAAUAUUUCAUAUUAAAAUAUGCUAAAGAUAGGGUAAAAGCGAUUAUGAGAUUUCCCAGGGAAGCAGUGAAAUAUCAAUUUUCAUUUUAAGUGUACUACUUACUACUAUUAUUGUUUCAUGCAUAUUUAAUGUCUGUGGAUUAUAGUAUAUUUUUAAUAUCUAUAUAUUAUAGGUAUUAACUAUUCCAAUAUAUCCAUCCUCUUAUUAAUUUAAGAAAAAAAGUGAGAAAUCCUCCAUUUUAUUUCUUUUUUUUAGAAUAAAAAAAAUGAACUCUUACUAAAAUUAUUUAUAUUAUAUUGUACUUAAAACACUUAUGUUCUUCAAAUAGUGGGCUAACUUAAAUUUUGGCUACUGUUAUCUAUUGGUUUUUAAUAUUGACGUAAAAUAUGUGUACGGUUUAAAAAGAGCAACAUAGCUUUUGAAAUAAAAAUAACUCUCAGUCAGAAAAUUCACUGUGUUGAACAUACAUGUGUCAUUAUAAUGGACAAUUCAUAAAGAAAAAUAAAUUGUCCCCCUCCUCGCAAAGAACUCACAAAUCACUUCUCCACAGUAAAUGGACCUGUUACAGAAACUGGUAGGACUAAAAGUCAGCACUGCCUUCUCACCCGGAGAUAUCUUAACAUUUUGGAUAUUAUACACUUGCUAAGGCUAUUUUAAGACCUCCUUCUCAAGAGUAACCUCUUAAGGUCUCUCUUCAGUGCUUUUAUAUAUAUUACUCCAGCUUUCUUUCAUUUCAGAAAUUGUCAGUAAGCUAGUGGCACCUAAACCAAAGAAAAUAAACUUCAUAUUUAAUUGAUAAAAAGGCCCUGGGUCAUAUUCCAGAUAUAGUUAGGUCAGUCUAAGACUGUAGAAAAUGAAAGAUAAAGAAACACCUUAAAUUGUGAAGUUUUUAAAGAAAAUAAAGGGGGGUGCCACUUACCACACUUAGAGAACUUAAGAAAUUUACCCAACAUGUAGACCUUAACAGUGAUGUUACUAAUUCCUUUAACACAAAGCAAGGGUUUAGAGUAUAUUUUGCUAGAGAGUGUUUUAUAAAAGAAGACAUUACUAAGCUAGUCCUUUGCAGGGUUAAUACUUCGUUUAUUGUCGUCAGCUUUAACUGUACUUAGGUGCGUUGGAAAACAUAAUAAAAUCUUGUGCCUCCUUUGUAAUUUAGACUAGAUUUAGAUCUAUUAUGAACUUAGAAAUAAGAUAACCAAGAUACAACUUGCAUAAAGUAAAAGAAAAUAUUUUGAUGAGCUUUAUAAAUUCGUUAAAUUUUGAUAAAGUAAAUAUUUUGACUACUAUUUUAACAACCUAGGGCCUAUUUUCUUCUCCUCUUAGUUUUUGGCAAACUCCCAGAUUAUGGGAAAAUAAACUAUUACUGUAUGUAACCCCAAAGUCACUAAGUUUGCAUUUUUGGAAAAAUAAAUCAUUUGUUUAGAUUUUUAAAAAUAGAAAUAAAACUGUUUAUUAAACAAUGUCUUCUCUGUGACCAGGGACUUUUACAGAAUGUAUUUUAUAGAAUAUCUCAGUCUAACACAUUUUUAAUGGCCUCGUGAAUAAUAUGCAUUAAAAUGGAGUUUUAUUAUGGAAUAGCAUCAUUAAAUAUAAUUAGAUAUUAAAGCUGGCUUUUGGUACAACAGGCUUCUACUAGUAUUUUCUUUGCACUAGAGGUAAAGUCUUAGAUUGUAAGAGUAAUGCAACAUAUUCCUCUUCAUUGGUCUUGUGCCAAUAAGAGAGUAAAUAUCAAAUGUUAAAAUGGACACCUUAAAAUUAUAGUACUCGUAUAUCUGUAUCUUAGCUUGAGUAUGAUUGUCUUACCAAAGAAGUGUUCUAAUUUAAAUGUACGAUAUGUUUGUUAAUAUAUGAAAGUGUGAUUAUUAUCCCUUGGAAUAAAACACUUUUUUUCCUGUUGUAA